GUUAUAAUAUAUAGAAUAUUAUAUUAUAUAUCAAUACAUAAUAUAUUCACAGCUUAUGUAUUGGUGACGUUGAUGUACAUUCACGAAAUAAAGAAUACCAGUUACACUAAUUCCUAAAUUUGUAGAUAUACUGUACUGUACAGUCGGACACUCUGUAACGCGGUACUCCCAUAACGACGACUAAAAAUUGCGCCAUGCGUAUGACGUGAUGAAGAAAUUGCUGGAAAUGACUCAUUUCUGAUAUGAAAAUAUGCGUACGUUUGAAUUGACUCGAAACUCAGUUUUGCAUUAACUCUUGUGCGACAAGGAGGGAUUGUUUACAGUGUGCUUUAUGUAAAAGUUAUUAUCGUGGAACGCAUAUUAUUUUAUCAUACUAAAAAAAGAUCACAUAUUUAUUUAGUUAUAGUUUUUUUUUUUUUGCGCUUUUGGAUUCAUAUAACGCGAAAUCUGUAUAACACGGAACGUGUAUCUCGCGUUAUAGGCAGUCCUACUGUAUUGUAUCAUAUACUGUGUUGCAAGGAAAAACUAGACUAUUAAUAAAACAAAUCAGAGAAAGAGAUUAAAUUUCGCAAAAGAUAAUAAAAAUAAGAUGUAAAAGAGAACUAAAUAUCGAUAAAGAUAUUUAAGAUAUAACUAUAUAUUCAAAUAAAAGUAAAUUAACAUGUUUAGUUCAGAUGGAUACAAUUACGUGCAAAGAUAUAAAACUUAUGUCCAACAGUAAAUCACGGAUUUUAUAAAAUAUAUAUAAACAUAUAUCAACCAUACAUAACAAAUAUAAACAUAUGUGUAUGUAUGUGUGCUUAAGUUAUUUACAAAAUUGAGCGUAAAAUUUAAAAAAAAAAUUAUUAUCGAAUAUCAAUAGUAGAUUUACUUACAGACAUAUAGAAAUAAAUCCAGGAAUUAACACGGAAAGAAUUAAAUUUAUAAAAAAAUUAAACAAAUAAAAAUUAGAUAAAUAUGAACUAGACAAAUAGGGAUUAGAUAAAUAAGAAUUAGCAAAAGUAUAUUUGAGGGAACGGACACAAAGUUUGAAGAACCUUACGUAAAGAAGGAUAUCAUAGUAGGAUGGCUAAGAAUUGCCAGAAAGAAAUCUUGCAUCUCAAAAGUCAAAGAGAAAAAUGUUUAGAGUUCGCUAAAAUCUAUUAAAUCAUGAUAAAGAAUUUUGUUAAACUGUUAUAUUUUCUGAUGAAACAAAAAUAAAUUUAUUUAGCGCGACCUCUAUAACUCCGCUAAUCUUCACCAUCAACACAGAUAUACGUUAAAUUUUGAAAGUGACUAUUUAUUUGAUUGAUGUUGUUAUUGACAUAUAGAUCUAAUUAUGACAUGACGCAUUUUAGGUGUUACUCGAGAUAGUUUGUAUGUUGAUAUGACAACAAUAAUAAGGGCAGAGCUAAAGCUAGAAUAGCUGAGUUUUUUGUUUAUUGAAUAGGUCUUAUAGGUAUAGGAUAUAUCAUCGCUGUUGUUCUACUAUAAUCUUGCAACGGUAGAAGAUAGAAAAGAAUUUCAUCAUAGGUAAAAUUUUGAUUAAUCUAGCCGUAGCUGUCCACUCUGAAAGUAACGGUAUUUUGAAUAUUUCAAAAUCACCUGUAUAUCUUUAAAUGGAAUUAUAAAUUUUUGUAUACAUCGAUCGAUCUUUAAAUUGUUUAUAAAAAGCUAUUAAAGCACUUAUAUCGACAACUGAUUAAUUUCAAAUAUGUUUUAAUCUUAAUAUUGUAAAAUUUAUUAUAUGGAAAAUGACAACGCAACAUUUCCAUAUUUCUGUUUUCUUUGCCUUUCAUACACUCAGUUUGAUGAAAUCUUUUGAGCUAUGUAGUUUCAGCUACAGGUACAGAUUGAUCUAUAAAAAAGAUUUACAAAUUUACUUAAAAAAAGAGACUUAAAAAUAGACAUGGAAAAGUGUGUGACUUAAGAUCCCGAUCGUGCGUUAUUUGAAACUGUUUAACUUCGCUUAAUAAAAUAUUUUUCUAUCUUUUACAGUUACGGAGUUAUAGCUUGACUUUUUGACAAUUUGUUACGUGGGAGACCUCGUAUAUAUAUACAUGUAUAUUAUAGGUGCGAAUGCUCAAGUACUAUCUAUUUAAACAUUGUUGCACUAUCGGCAUAUAGUUGAUAAUCAUUUUACACGACACAGUAAUUUUACAGCACAAACUGAACGUUUUGUACUUAUACAGUUUCAUGUAUAUUCAGUAUAGCGAAUAUGUACUAUUAAACAUUACAGAAUCUUCAGUAAAGUUUUUUAAAGCACUCCACAUACAAUUGUAAUGCAUUUAAAUUUUUAAAAUAAUAUACAUAUUUUAAAUGAAAUAUGAAAAAUAAUAGCUUCCAGCAUAGAAUCAGUAAAUAAAGCUGAAAUAUAAAUUGAUAAGCAUCGUUGCAUUACAAUGUAAUAUUAUUAUCGCUCUUUUUGUUCAAACGAAUCUCUAGUACAACAUGAGAUUCUUUUGCAAACAAUAAAUUUAUGCUCGGUGAGCUAAUCAUAGCUAAUCAUAUAUGUAAAGCAGAUAAUAUUUAGCUCUGACGCAGUCAUUGAAUAACAUAAGGUCCAAGAUGCACAAUCCGAAGUUAAGAAAUGUUGCCAAAUGUUAAUCUCAGUCAUCAUCAAGCAUGAGUCAAUGUGUUUUCGAGAUGUAAUACACACCUUGAAUCGCAAUUGUGAAUACGUUAGUUUAAUUUUUCAUGCUUCGAAUGCGCAUACCGUCCAUCGAGAAUUGUUUUCAUUGUUUUUCAAGUUUUUAUGAAUUUUUUACAUGCAUUAAGAACUUCGUUUUAACAUAGCCAAAUAUACUAUAAUCUAGAUAAGUUGAUUUGAGCUGAGUCGUUGAAUGUGCUAGUAUAGUGUUGAAUUCUAAAAGUAAAAAUUUAUUAAGUGGAAGUUUAAUAGUGGAAAGAAAAUGUUUUUGUAUUGCUGUGCUCGUUCGAUAUUAUUUAGGAACUUUAUAAUAAUAUUUUUAAUAAUGUAUAAUGUAUUUAAUAAUCCAAAGAUUAUUCAAUUUCUUCAAUUCAUUCAUUGUAAUGAAAUUUCAAGAUAUUAUAAACGUAUGAUAUAAACGUGUCCCAACUGUAUAAUUCGAAUCAUUAAAUUAGAGCAUAGCAUUGCAUAUAUAUAUCGCAUAAGUAAAAAAAAAUUGCUGCGUCUAUUAGAAUAAAGCGAAAGAACUUUUGAUCUAUAAAUGUGUACGAAACAUACUUAUUUUAAUCAAUAAAUAUUUAAUAAUACAGGGUUUGGUAGUUACUGUUAGCGUUAAUUUAAAAUAUCUUAUACGUUUAAUAAUGACUGUAUCGCAACUUUAAUGGAACAGAACGUAUAAUGCUUCUUAAUAUUUUCAGGUAUUAGUUCAUUAUUUUUAAGAGAUUAAUAUAGAUAAAACUAAUAGAUGCAGAAAUUUCCGUACAGAUCUUGUGGAAUUCAGUCAUGUAAUCAUGUCUACUGAAAAAGAGGAAGUGUUAUUUAAUGAAAAUGAAAAUAUGCCAAAGAAAAAAACGGAAAAUGUAUAUAAUUCCGAAGAAAAUUUUGAACCACCUGAUGGUGGUUGGGGUUGGGUUGUAGUAGCAGCAGCUGGAUUUUCUAAUCUUUGUAUAUUAACAAUGUUGCAAUCUUUCGGAUUAAUAUUUAGAGACAGAUUUGCAGAACUAGGAAUCAAUUCGUCACAAACAACGACUAUAAUAAAUAUCAAUUUUGCAGUAAAUUCUUGCACUGGUUUAGCUAAUGGUCCCCUGUUUAGAAAAUACAACUAUAGGCAAGUAGCUUUCGUAGGCACUCUAAUUUGCGCUGUAUCGAUCACAGCGUUGUCAAUGACAAGAACUUUUACCGGAGCUUUAAUUUUCUUUUCUAUUUUAUACGGUGCUGGACUUGGUAUAACGAUGUCAUCAAAUACUAUAGCUUUAAAUGCUUACUUCAAAAAGAAAAUAAGAAUUGCUAUUAGCCUUAGCUGGACCUGUACUGGCAUAGGACCAAUAAUAAUGCCGCAAAUAAUUACAUUGCUGACGCCAAUAUAUGGUAUGGAAGGUACUAUACUUAUUUUUGGCGGUUUUGCAUUUAACGCCGUAGUUUGUGCUCUUCUGUUGCAACCUGCUUCUUGGCAUGUAAAAAAAGGACGAGAUAUAGAAAAAUCUCCGAAUAUCAAAAACGUGAAUGCCGAAGAAUUGCCAAUGACUGAUAAGAUAACGACGAAUGUUACUUGUCAAAGUACAUCGUUGGAAAAUGUUGCCAAGAAUACGCAAAGUAAUUAUAGUAUUUCGAAUCUUGUGAAAAGGAAGUUUGGAAGCCAAUAUUUGUAUUAUGACGAUGAAGAAUAUGGUGCUUCCGGUAUAGAUGUAAUGAGUCCUGGAACACCAAUGAUGUCCCGAUCUAAUGAUGGAUGGUUCUCUAGAAGAAACACUUCAACUACGUCGAUGACGUCUAAAUCAUCGAGAAAGGAAAGCUUUUCAUGGACUCCAAGCCCAACACCAUCAAUAAAUUUAAGUAGACAAGCCAGCCUUAAUAAAAGGUCGUCGGUUAAAAAUCUUCAUAGACCAAACAGUGAGACAGAAAAAAGUCGAAGAAGACGUUUGAGUUAUCAACCAUCCACCGCUCCAUUGAUUAUCGCUAGCGAAUCUUGCGAACAUGCUGCGUAUCUUGAAGAUUGCAAAGAUCCAAAUUGUCAGCAUAAAUCGCAACAAAAUUCAAUAAUGCUCGAAGAAUUUGAAAAUAAUCAACUCUUGAAGAAGGAAUGUGUGGAGGAGACGACAAAGAAAACGUUCUUGGAAGCAUUGAUAAUCUUUUUCGACCUAGAUCUUCUUCGCGAUUUUGUUUACGUAAAUAUAAUGUUGGGUAUUACCUUCGCCAAUUUCGCAGAGUUAAAUUUUUCGCUCUUAACGCCGUUCAUAUUGAGCGAACGUGGAUUAUCAAAAAUUGAGAUUGCGACUGUGAUGUCAAUUCUUGCUAGUUUCGACGUGGCCACUAGAUUGACAAUUCCUUUUAUUGCCGACUUUAUCGGAUGGCAAAAUAGGACUUUCUUUCUAGUUGGUGUUUGUGGAAUGGCAGCAGGUCGUAUUGUUUUAGCGCACGUUCAAAAUUUUGGAGUUACCUUGGCAGUUGCGGUUCUAAUUGGUACUGGGAAAGCUUUGAAAACAAUCUUUAUGGCCCUUGCAAUCCCUAGUCAUGUUCCUCUGUCGAAGCUUCCGGCUGCGACUGGUAUACAACUUUUAACUUGUGGUAUUGUUUCGUUGACCUUAGGACCAAUAGUUGGUUGGAUUAGAGACGUAACUUCAAAUUACGCAAUUAUGCUUCAUUUUUUGAACAUUUUCACCUACUUGACUGUAAUUUCGUGGUGGUUAGAAACCUACUUUACGAAACGAAAGUCAACGACAGCAGAAGAAGAAAAAGACAUCAAAUAAAUUAAACAUUUAACACGCUGACGAUUCAUGCAACUCUAACAUUGUUCUUCUUCUUUUUCGUUGACGUAGAAUGAAUAGAACGUCUUGUUUCCCUCAUUUUUGAAUAUGGAAAUUUUCAUUAUUUAAAACAAACUUAUGAAUUAGCAGAAAAUAAUCUGUUCGUUAGUUCAGUCUCGAUUCCAGAUCACUGGAAUUAAAUUUCCUCGGCAAUCAACGUGUUUUUCCAUGAUAUGGAAUUUCUACAACGACAAAUAAACGAGCACGUAUUUCGUAUUGAUUUAUAACAAAAAAUGCUGUACGAUCAUAUACAUAUGUAUAAACAAAUAACAAGUAAUUAACAAUGUAUUUAAAUUAUGUAAAUGUUAACAUUGAAUUUUAGAUAUGAGCUUUUCUGAGAUAAGAAGAAGAUAUGAAUACUGCUGAUUAUCUAUCCUUUCGUAUUAUUACGAGCAAUUUUAAUUCAUUGUUGUAACGUGAAUUGUAAAAUGCAGGCGGAUGAUAUUUUUAUACACUUGAAGUGUUAAAUGAUGUAAACAUAAAAAUUAGGACAACACGAUGCUAUAUGAUUUUACAUUAAUAACGAAAUAUUUUCAGUUUACGCGAUAUGCAAUGACAAAGCAUUAUAAAGAUAAAGAUUAGAUUAAUCAGCGGUACGUACUUGACUUUAUCGUUUACAAGGUAGAAUUCACUUUGUGCGGAAAACUUCUCUCAGUACCUGCCAUGUUAGAAACGUAAGACUGAUAUCAACGUCGUUUAUUGUAAUUACUCUAUUAUGCUGUAAAAUUGUCUUAAUUUCGUUUAAGUACAUUGUUAUGAAAUUGUGUGAGCAUAACUCAUGUCUUUUAUGUUGAAAAGAAUGGCAAAAUGUGUUCACUAAAAAAUAAGUGAAACCUUUUACGUUAUAAUACUGUUAUUUGUUAUUAGGAAUUAAUCUGUUGUGUUAACUUUUUAAGCCGUUAUUACUAUCAUUGUUAUUAGAAAUUAAUCCCGUUUAAAUGUAAAUGAUAUAACCACAUGAAACGCAACAUUAGGUAAUAUAACUUUGAAACAUACGUAAGAUGUUAACCGAACAAUUGUAAAGAAGAUUACUUAAAAGCUAAUAUAUUUUUAUUGUUAAUGUUCUGUGAACGAAGAUGAUAUAAAUAAAGAAGCCAAUGCAAUCAUA